CGGCCUUGCUACAGUCGGUAUACAGAUAUCAAACCUAGUACAUAUACGCGUAUUCAGAUAUCAAACUUAGUAAACUACGUGUGUCCAGAUAUCAAACUUAGUACACUACGUGUAUCCAGAUAUCAUACCUAGUACACUACGUGUAUCCAGAUAUCAAACCUAGUUCACUACGGUAUCCAGCUAUCAAACCUAGUACACUAGUGCAUCCAAAUAGCAAACUAGAACACUAUUUGCAUCCAGAUAUCUAACCUAUAGUACUCUACGUGUAUUCAGAUAUCAAAUCCAGUACACUACGUGUAUCCAGAUAUCCUGGUGAAAUACGUGUAUCCAAAACUGAUCAACAUCAAUAUCCAAAUAUCCAAACAAUAAAACUUCGUGUAUACUUCCUGGUUACGAAGUCCGUAUCUAGAUAUCCCAACAUCAACUCUGUGAACCUAUUUCUGCUUUCUAGACAAUACCUAGAUAUCCCAACAUCAACUCUGUGAAUCUAUUUCUGUUUCUUAGACAAUAUCUAGAUAUCCCAACAUCAACUCUGUGAACCUAUUUCUGUUUCCUAGACAAUAUCCGGAAAUCCAAACAAAGUCCUGUUUAACAGCCUAAUAUAAUAUAUACAUACAAAUUACAGUUCAUGUAUCAAAGCUGUUAAAGUUUUUCCAACCAUACAUAGACUGUGUAUCCAACUCAAGGCGGAUAUCCAGUGUCCAGAUUCAGAUCUGAUAUCCAACCCCUGGUAUUAAAGAAUAGGACGAUAAUCCUUGGAUAUAAACUAUUCUAGUGAAGUUAGAAAUACUCUUGUAAACCCGAAGAAAAUGUUUUUCCUUUCAUUCUACACAAGGAUAAGACUGAGAAUUUAAUCAGCAUAAUUUAACAUAUCUUUAAAGGUGAAAUCUUGAAACAAGAUGAAUCUUUUAACUGAAGGGUUUCUUCUCCUUCUUCUUCUUCCGGAGUCUCUUCUUAACUUUGAAGGACACAGAGUGAUGACACAUGAUGACUCAAUCAAAUAUAUUCCACUUGAAAAACUGACUGCUGAGAGUAUACCGGAGUUUGUUCCUGCUCCCAAGAAUAUUACUGUACUCAGAGAAGGAACUGCAUUCCUCGACUGUCCUAUUAAAACCAGCGGAGAUAGACCUGUCAGUUAUCCAUUGAUAUCCUGGGUUCGGAGGAGAGAUUGGCAUAUUCUCACCAAUGGUCUUCUUACAUUUACAACAGACAGUAGGUUCAAGGUUCUAUACAAGGAGGGAUCAUUCAACUGGGUUCUCCAGAUAAAGUGGGUUCAGGAGAGAGAUGCUGGUCAGUAUGAGUGCCAGGUCUCUACUCCUACUGGAACAAUAUCCCGUGAGGUUCAGCUCCACGUGGUUCGAACUGAAGCAUUUAUCCAGGGAGGAGAAGAAUAUCAUGUUGAUCUUGGUUCAACUAUAUCCCUCACUUGUAUCAUAGAAAAUUCUCCAACUCCUCCUCAAUACAUAUUCUGGUAUCAUAACUCCCGGAUGAUAAACUACGAUGUAGAACGAGGUGUAAAAGUGGAUAUCCGAGCUGUGGAGGAUACUGGGAAGCAGGGUGAGGAAGAUGAGGGAGUAAGACGACCUGAAGAGUGGAUUAGAACCCGUACCGUGAGUAGACUAGAGCUGCCAGCAGCUAGGAAGGAGGAUGAAGGAAACUAUACCUGUAUGCCCAGUAAUUCAGAGCCUGCUACUGUUCAUGUAUUUAUCCAAGAAGGAAACAACAUUACUCCGUUACGAGUAGAAGCACAGGAGCAACAGAACUCUGAGCAGGAGAAUACGAACUUUGCUCCUACCUUGAUAAAUCCAACUUUACUCAUGGUUCUACUCCUAGUCUUAGUAUUCACUGCAAACUAAGCUAAAUUAAAUUUUGCGAAUUCUUUAUUUUGUGUUAAUCAAGUAAUGUCGUGAAGCGCCAAAACUAAGAGGGAACUAAACUUACCUGUACAGUGUGCAAGGUUACAGUACAAUGUACGGCAGGGCUGUUCUAACUCCUGUACAAGGUUACAGUACAACGUACGGCAGGGCUGUUCUAACUCCUCAACAAGGUUACAGUACAAUGUACGGCAGGGAUGUUCUAAUUCCUGUACAAGGUUUCAGUACAAUGUACAGCUGGACUGUUCUAACUCCUGUGCAAGGUUACAGUACAAUGUACGGCAGGGCUGUUCUAACUCCUGUACAAGGUUACAGUACAACGUACGGCAGGGCUGUUCUAACUCCUCAACAAGGUUACAGUACAAUGUACGGCAGGGAUGUUCUAAUUCCUGUACAAGGUUUCAGUACAAUGUACAGCUGGACUGUUCUAACUCCUGCAUAAGACAAACAAUCAACUUUGUGUUGAAAAGUGACAAUGACAUUGUAAUAAGGCUAAGACUAUCGUUAACUGUGAAUAAAAACUUUUCUGUUA